AUGCCUGCCACGACAGACACUGCGCGGAUACGCGACGUGCUCGUUUUACAAGCCGCUACCCGCCCGGUCGCACGGAGCGUCCACCUCCUUGGCUCCGACUGCUUCGCGGCCUGUAAUAUCCAGUGCGGGGGCUUCGAUCCUGGACACCUCAAGAGCGUUGUGUUCUCCCUGAGAGACAUUGCCUCGUUGAAGCUCGCCUCCGCGCUGCUUCGCUUCCAAGGGGGCGGCAUACGCGACAUCGACUUGAAAAUCUCGUAUGACGUCUCGAAUACGGAGCCGGGAACCGGCCUCUGGGGCACUUUAGACAUAGCGGCAUGCACCCAACUCGAGUCUCUGCAUCUGGAGUGGCACCACGUGGGCACCCGGGCAUACGGAGCGCAGGACCAAGACUUGAACGCUUGCGACAGCAUCGCCGCCGUCCUCGCGUCCACGCCGCAGACCCUCCGCAGGCUCUCGUUCUCCCUGCCGUACGCGCAACACCCGGAUGCCCUGGACGAGAUGCUGCGCUGCCUAGCUCCGCGGAUCGACCAGGCCGUCGACAGGUUCAGCGAGCUGAAGACAAUCACUGUGAAGGCGACGCGGUCGUUUGCAGCCGAAGAGUGUAUGAACGUUGUGCGCGGAUGUAUACUGAAGGGAGAGUGUCCCCACCAGUGGAAGGCCCAAAAGGACAUCGAGGUCUUAUGGUCAACCGUCGAUGUUAACAAAUGCGACACCCCGGUCAAAGUAUACUAA